UUAAUGUCUGAAAGCCUUCAUGGAACAUGUGAAGUUCGGAUAUAACUUGACUAAUCCUACAUGAGUGGAGAGAAGUGGCCCACCCAGAAUACCAGGGCAACUGUCAAGAUGGUACAUGCUGAAGCCUUUUCUCGUCCCUUGAGUCGGAAUGAAGUUGUUGGGUUAAUUUUCCGUUUGACAAUAUUUGGUGCGGUAACAUACUUUACAAUCAAAUGGAUGGUAGAUGCAAUUGAUCCAACCAGAAAGCAAAAAGUAGAAGCUCAGAAACAGGCAGAGAAGUUAAUGAAGCAAAUUGGUGUGAAAAAUGUGAAACUUUCAGAAUAUGAAAUGAGUAUUGCCGCUCAUCUUGUAGACCCUCUUAACAUGCAUGUUACGUGGAGUGAUAUAGCAGGUUUAGACGAUGUCAUUACGGAUCUGAAAGACACCGUCAUCUUACCGAUCAAGAAGAAACACUUGUUUGAAAAUUCCAGGCUUCUGCAGCCCCCAAAAGGUGUUCUUCUCUAUGGGCCUCCAGGCUGUGGUAAAACGUUGAUUGCCAAGGCUACAGCCAAAGAAGCGGGCUGUCGAUUUAUUAACCUUCAGCCUUCAACACUGACAGAUAAGUGGUAUGGAGAAUCUCAGAAAUUAGCUGCUGCUGUUUUUUCCCUUGCCAUAAAGCUACAGCCUUCCAUCAUCUUUAUAGAUGAAAUAGACUCCUUUCUACGAAACCGUUCAAGUUCUGACCAUGAAGCUACAGCCAUGAUGAAAGCUCAGUUUAUGAGUCUCUGGGAUGGAUUGGAUACUGAUCACAGCUGCCAGGUCAUAGUGAUGGGAGCUACUAAUCGUCCCCAGGAUCUUGACUCAGCUAUCAUGAGAAGAAUGCCUACAAGAUUUCAUAUCAAUCAGCCUGCUCUGAAACAAAGAGAAGCAAUUCUGAAACUCAUCUUGAAAAAUGAAAAUGUGGAUAGGCAUGUGGACCUGCUAGAAGUUGCCCAGGAAACUGAUGGGUUUUCAGGAAGUGACCUAAAAGAGAUGUGUCGAGAUGCUGCCCUUCUCUGUGUCAGGGAAUAUGUAAAUUCCACAUCAGAGGAAAGCCACGAUGAAGAUGAAAUUCGGCCCGUGCAACAGCAAGACCUGCAUCGGGCAAUUGAAAAGAUGAAGAAAUCAAAGGAUGCAGCAUUUCAGAAUGUUUUAACACACGUUUGUUUAGAUUAAGAGUAAAGUCAUUUGUACAGGUCAGUGUAACCUGGUUUGGUGUGCCCUGUUAUCAUUAGUGAAAGUAGAAUGGAAGGAAUGUUCUUUAAACAGUGAGGGAGUCGAAUGACACUGGUUUUAUACUCUUGAGUUCUAAGUUAUUGAGAUGUAGUUGUUACAUAAACGGUAUUACCACUUGUCAGAAAUCAUGAGGAGGAACAAUUUAAUCCAGCCUGCGUGUGGGUGCUUGUGUUUGACCUUUUUAGCCAUAUGUUGCAGCCUUAUAGCAUCUAAGCUGGUCUUAAUAGGUGAUUCAUUAGUGAGAAAUGGACACGUGGUUAAGUGCUGCAUUCUAGAUAUGUGAGUGUGUGUGUGUGUGUGUGUAUUAAAUGUAUAUAUUCACACAUUUUAUAUUGACAUUCUGUAGAUAUGUUUGAAUACAGAAACUUUUUUUUACCCCAACUACUGAAUCAAAAAGUACCAAAUACUGUAUAACGAAACUAAGAUUGAAGGUUGUGUGUAAAAGGUACAGUGAUUCAGCCAUUUUCAGUUGUUACUUGUUUCGGCUUUUUUUUUAAGUUUGAGCAUUCUCUGCAGUUGAAUAAUUGGAGUCAGCCACAUCUGAAUACUUAUAUGUGGUUCAAUGAUUAUGGUUGUCAGAAUAAUCAAAUAACAAUACUUGUUCAGAGAUCUGCAUUGAAUGGUUUUCAGGCAGUUGUGUGAUCUACGCCCAGUUCACCUUUCUGCAUGCACACUGAGACAUUUUCAAAUUGAUAUACGUGCAGGUGAUUGAAAGCCACUUGAAACAAUAGCUUUGGAAAACCUCAGUGCCAUACAAUACAUGUACGUGACUUUCCCUUUUUUCAUUUACUGCUACAUAGUUCUGUUGUAACCAUGGUUGUUUAAUGUUAUUUUAAAGUCAUAUGUUCUUUAUAGUCAAAUAUAAUUUGGUCAUCAAAAAUAAAACGAUAAUUUAAAAGAAGUAGUUGUUACUAAAUGUGCUGAAAAUACUCAUUUUGUAAUUGAAAUUUUAAAAGGUUUCUUAGCAUAUUAUAAAUUGCACCUAGUUAGUACAAAUAUACACAUCAGAAUCCCCAUGUUGUAUCUGUAGUCACUGGAUGGGGCUGUGUGUACUGCAUAUAGGUGAAACAUUCUUUUGUCCAUAGUUUCACUAAUGAGGACUCUGUCAUGGGCACGUAAACACACAGCAUGCGGGGCGUGGCACACUGUGACCCCGGGGCGAUUUCUGAAUCAUUAGAAAGCUUCAGAUGUUGUUUUCAUUGUAUUUCUUUGAAAACUCAAUUUUUGUGACUUAUUGAGUUAAUUUCUUUGAUAAUAAGUCUCUCACUAGAGAGACUUAUCCCCUGUUGAAUAGUUUGUUCUUCCGUUGUGCUUUGAUUGGUGGGUGGAGCAGAGGUUGUGGGAGGACACUUUGGAUAACAAAAAUCAAGUUUUGAAAAAUUGUGAAGAUGAUUGAAAAAUUGAAUGCAAAACACAAAAUACCAAAAAAUAUA